AUGUCACUCGGUCGACUCACAGUUGAUGUCAAUGCCCACGAGUCUGGUACCACCCAUCACGGCUCACCGCCGGACCAAACCACCAAAGGAAUCCACCGUCCGGUAUUCCCCACCAGAAACUGGUUAAAGCUGGAGUUGUUUACAACACACGUGACAGCAAUAGAAAUCCUUAAGUCAGGUAUCCAAUUGGUUAUUCCUUUUAACAUAUGCCCUCAAUCACUGCAAAAAAAUGCCCAAUUCCCAUAUGUGAUGGGAUCAAUGACACCAACCCGUAAAUCAAACAAAACAAAAGAAUGCAAAUGUUCUGUUUGCAAGACAAGAUUUGGAGGAUCAGAUACAGUGUCUGUACAGACAUUUAAUUUUCAUAAAACAAAAGACAAUGCUGGAAUGAACAUCUUUCGUAAUAGAUUGAUUAUUAAGAGAUCAGUCAAAACUACUGUAAGCUAUGUUCCUGAAGUUAUCAACAAUAAUGAACAGAACUUGGUGGCCAUAGACAAUGAUUAUGAUAUGGAUUAUGACUUUGAUGAAAUGGACACCAGUAUAGAAGUAGACAUGGAGACACAAGAGCCUAUUCGAGUCUUACCUCUCUCAGAAUCCGAUGCUGUCUUUGGUUAUGAGAAUGAAGAGUUUAACUCUGAUCUUGAUUCUGACGGUUGCAAAGAUGAUUCCAGUGAGGAUGACAUGCUUGAUAGUGAAGACAACUUUCCUGAAUUCAACUCAGAAUUGAGUUUCAUCUAUCAAUUUUUUCAUACAGGUCCUUGCACUCUUUGUAUCCUUGUACGUUGUUGA